CGGACAGGCGUAGCAUCUGGACCUUACGGGCUUCUUCUAGCAUCCCGUUCCAGGUCCGGGGUUGGGUUCCUAAGGGCCGCGGAGCCCCAGGGCCGGCGUCCAGGCCAGGUUGGGCUGCUUGCUGCUUUGCGUGUGCAGCGGCGGUAGCAGGCAGUCGCCAGGUCCGCGGCCGGAGACGUCACGGCCCGGUGCGGGGCACCGGAGACCGGUAUUAUUAAACAGGCACGAUGUUAUUCUCGUUGCGGGAGCUGGUGCAGUGGCUGGGCUUCGCCACCUUUGAGAUAUUCGUGCACCUGCUGGCCCUAUUGGUGUUCUCCGUGUUGUUGGCACUGCGAGUGGAUGGCCUGGCUCCAGGCCUCUCCUGGUGGAACGUCUUUGUGCCCUUUUUCGCCGCCGACGGGCUCAGCACCUACUUCACCACCAUCGUUUCCGUUCGUCUCUUCCAAGAUGGAGAGAAGCGACUGGCUGUACUGCGCCUCUUCUGGGUUCUCACCGUCCUUAGUCUCAAGUUUGUUUUUGAGAUGCUGCUGUGUCAGAAGCUAGUGGAGCAGACUCGAGAGCUCUGGUUCGGCCUGAUCACUUCUCCGGUCUUCAUUCUCCUGCAGCUUCUUAUGAUCCGGGCGUGUCGCGUCAACUAGCCUCCUGCGGUGGUUGGAAAUGCAGCACUGCGCAGCUGGAGUUCUGGACCUCCCAGUCCAGACCCUACUUGGUGCCACACUGGUGGAGUUUUGGUCAGAAAUCAGUGUCUGCUUGUACCCAGUUUACUGUCCAGUUUUCUUUGUAUCUAAGAUCGUUUCCUCGAGCAAAACUUAAAAGUGAAGCCUCGUUUAUUAAAACUUAUUUCCAGUUAUUC